GAACAUAUUUUUCCGGAACCAAAUCAUCUCUUUUUGUGCUUAACAAUGCUGAAACGUGAUCUGCAAAGCAUCACACUAAAACUGUCCGAUCUCAAGGAGUACGACGCGAAGCGCCUUGAGCACAAAUUCAAGAACCAGCGCCCCAGACACUCUGUGGAAACCAUCACCGGGGACGACGCGUCCACGUCUGGCACGGCAACUUCCAGCUUUACAGCUGGCACGUGCACAGAGACGCCGUCCUCGGGCACACCCACUGGCUCGACCACUCCCACGUUGGCUACUCAGGAGGAUCUGGCUGAUCGGUCGCCCAGACCCACAUCUGUGGCAGCCACAGCCACAACAGCAACCACGAAUUCUGGCUCCACCGAUGAUGAUAUUAGCGUGGCGGCCGUCGCAGAUGACAACGACACCAUCGAUGACUUCAGCGACGACAACUGGGUGGACUUGGAUGCGGACACUAACGAUGCGGACGAAGAGGGAGCAAGAGGAGGAGCCUAGCCUAGCAUGCGACCUAGUAUCUUUUUUUUAUACUUAAAUGUCAAAUUUUGAAGACGUAACAAAUAAUAAUUCCAAACUUCAAGAUCGA